UAUCUGUCUAAUAGGGUGUAUUGAGCAAACAUGUCGGGGUUCGUAUCAUGCCGUCAUGACAUCCUUGUUUGACGUUGUCAGCAAAAAUCUCCCUUUAAAACGCAACCUCUGACUACAGAUGUUCACAACCUCAUCAGCCAUGAGAGCGGUUGUGCUUGCCCUGACUCUGGCCUUCGUGGGUGAUGAAAUUGUUUUUACAGCUCCUGAUUUUGCUGCCGGUAAAACCUAUGUGUACAAAUAUGACACUUUGCUCCUGGGUGGUCUGCCAGAGAAAGGUCUGGCUAGAGCCGGAAUCAAAAUCAGCAGCAAGGUUCUCAUCAGCGCCACAGCCGAAAAUACAUUAAUGCUGAAGCUCGUGGAACCUGAGCUCUUCGAGUACAGCGGCGUCUACCCCAAAGAUCCUUUAGUCCCAGCAACCAAACUCACUACAGCCCUGGCAGCUCAGCUCCUGACUCCCAUCAAGUUUGAGUAUGCCAAUGGUGUUGUUGGAAAAAUGUUUGCGCCUGAGGGGAUCUCAACAAUGGUGCUGAACGUCUACAGAGGUAUUCUGAAUGUGCUUCAGCUCAACAUCAAGAAGACACAGAACGUCUAUGAGAUGCAGGAGGCUGGAGCUCAGGGUGUGUGCAAGACUCUCUAUGCCAUCAGUGAAGACGAAAAGGCUGAACGCAUCCUUUUGACAAAGACCAGGGACCUGAACCACUGUCAGGAGAAGGUCAUAAAGGAUAUGGGGUUGGCAUACACUGAGAAAUGUGCAAAGUGCCAGCAGGAUUCAAAGAACCUGAGAGGAGCUACAUCAUACAACUACGUCUUGAAGCCAGUUGGUCAUGGCAUCCUGAUCCUGGAGGCCACAGUCAAUGAAUUGAUCCAGUUUUCACCUUUCGCUGAGAUGAAUGGAGCUGCUCAGAUGGAGACAAAGCAAACCUUGGUCUUCCUUGAGAUUCAGAGGGCCCCUAUUGUACCCAUCCAGGCUGAGUAUCUUCAUCGUGGGUCUCUCAAGUAUGAGUUUUCCACUGAGCUUCUGCAGACACCCAUUCAGCUCAUCAAGAUCACCAAUGUCCAAACCCAGAUUAUGGAGGUUCUGAAUCAUCUGGUUACCCAUAAUGUGGAGAAAGUCCAUGAAGAUGCCCCUCUAAAGUUUUUGGAACUCAUUCAACUCCUCCGUGUAGCCAAGUUUGAAGACCUGGAGGUUAUCUGGAGCCAGUUCAAAACCAGACCUGCCUACAGACAGUGGAUCUUGGAUGCCAUCCCCGCCAUUGGAACUCCUGCUGCUCUGAAAUUCAUCAAGGAGAAAUACCUGGCUGAUGAGCUGACUAUUGCCGAAGCUGCUCAGGCUUUGAUUGCAUCUGUUCACAUGGUGACAGCAAACACUGAGGCCAUCAAGCUGAUUGCUGACCUGGCAGCCAAAAACAAGAUAGUGGAAAACCCAGUUCUGCGUGAAAUCGUUCUCCUUGGCUAUGGUACCAUGAUUUCAAAAUACUGUGCUGAGAUGCCUGUCUGCCCUGUUGAACUUAUAAGGCCCAUCCAGGACAUGCUUGCAGAGGCCAUUGCUAAAGAUGAGACUCAGAACAUCAUCCUGUUCCUGAAGGUUUUGGGAAACGCUGGCCAUCCAGCUAGCCUUAAGCCCAUCACAAAGAUCUUGCCCAUACAUGGCACAGCUGCUGCGUCUCUGCCCAUGAGAGUCCAUGCUGAUGCCAUCAUGGCUUUGAGGAACAUUGCAAAGAAGGAGCCCAGAAUGAUCCAGGAUUUGGCUCUUCAGCUCUACAUGGACAAGGCCCUUCACCCAGAGCUUCGUAUGCUUGCAUGCAUUGUGCUGUUUGAGACAAGGCCUCCAAUGGGUUUGGUGACAACUAUUGCCAACAUUAUGAAAACAGAGCAGAAUCUUCAGGUUGCAAGCUUCACUUACUCUCACAUGAAGUCCCUGACCAAGAGCACCACCACUAUCCAUGCCUCAGUUGCUGCAGCUUGCAAAGUUGCGAUCAAAAUCUUGAGCCCAAGGCUGGACAGACUGAGCUUACGUUUCAGCAAAGCCAUCCACGCUGACUUCUAUAACAAUCCCUUGAUGCUUGGGGCUGCUGCUAGCGCUUUCUACAUCAAUGAUGCUGCCACCAUUCUGCCGAGAUCUAUUGUGGCUAAGACCAAUGCCUAUCUUGCUGGAGCUGCUGCUGAUAUCCUGGAGGUUGGAGUGAGAACUGAGGGAAUCCAGGAGGUUCUUCUGAAAAACCCUGCACUCAUUGACAAUGUUGACAGGAUCACCAAGAUGAAGCGUGUCAUUAAGGCUCUGUCUCAGUGGAAGGCUCUGCCAACCAGCACACCUCUAGCCUCCAUCUACAUCAAAUUCUUUGGACAAGAAAUUGCCUUUGCCAACAUUGACAAAGUCUUGAUUGACCAGGCCAUUGCGCUCGCCACUGGACCCUCCGCUCAGACAUUUGGCAUGAAUGCCAUCAAGACUCUGUUGGCCGGUGCUUCCUUCCACUUUGCUAAGCCCCUGCUGGCCACCGAAGUAAGGCGCAUCCUGCCAACUGCCGCUGGUCUUCCAAUGGAGCUCAGUCUGUACACUGCUGCUGUGGCUGCCGCAACUGUUCAAGUCAAAGCCGUCACAACACCAACUCUGCCAGAAAACUUCCAUCUUUCUCACCUGCUGAAGACAGACAUGCAGCUUGAGACUGAGAUCAAACCAAGUGUUGCUGUGAACACAUUUGCUGUGAUGGGGGUAAACACCGCCAUACUCCAGGCUGCCAUGCUAUCAAGAGCUAAACUCAACUCUAUUUUGCCCGCCAAAAUCGCUGCAAGACUUGACAUCAACGAGGGCCACUUUAAGAUUGAAGCUCUGCCUGUUUCUGUGCCUGAACACAUCGCAGCUGUGCAUGUUGAGACUGUUGCUUUGGCAAGAAAUAUUGAAGAUCUUGCUGCUGCAAAAGUCACUCCCAUCAUCACCUCCAAAGUCUUGGAGCGCAUCUCACGGGAAGUUCUCACAUCUAAGAUCAUUUCAUCUUCUGCGUCUAGUAUGUCAAAAUCAUCAGAGAUCCUUGACCAGGACAUUGCAGCUCCCAAGGCAGUUCAGUUCGACAAGAAGUACUGUGUUAAAGCUCUUGCUGUUGGACUGAAUGGCUGUUUGAAGGUUGCCACUGAAAACGCUGCCUCUAUCCAGGACAUUGCCCUUUACAAACUGGCUGGAAAGCACUCUAUUACUCUUUCCUUGAAACCAAUUGAAGGUGAGGCUGUUGAAAGACUGGAGAUUGAGAUUCAAGUUGGACCAAAGGCUGCACAGAAGCUCAUUAAAAAGAUCAAUCUGAGUGAAGAAAUCAUUGAUGACAGACCUGUCUUGAUGAAGCUCAAGAAAAUCCUGGUUCCUGGUCAGAAGAAUGUCACCUCAUCUUCCUCAUCUAGCUCCAGCAGCUCUCUUGCAAGCCUUAGCUCCAGCUCCUCUUCCAGUUCAUCAUCUCGUGUCAGCAAGAGCAGCAGCAAGCGCAGCAAGAGCAGCAGCAGCAGUAGCAGAAGCAGAAGCAGCAGACUCAGCUCCUCUAGAUCUUUGACCAAGUCCAGCUCUGCAUCUAGCAUUGCAUCCCUCUUCAGCGCUAGCUCCAGUUCCUCUAGGUCCAGUGCUCGUCAAUCAAAGCGGGUGAUGUAUCCCAACAAGUUCCAGAGGGACCACAAGAAGCAGGCUCUCACCUCUCAAGCCAUUGCAAUUUCCAAGAGUAGAAGCAGUGCAUCAAGCUUUGAGGCCAUCUACAAACAGAAAAAAUUCCUUGGUAAUGAAGUCGCUCCUACCUUUGCCAUCAUCGUCCGUGCUAUCAAAGCUGAUAAGGUGUUGGGAUAUAAACUGGCAGUAUACCUGGACAAACUUGCUUCUAGACUUCAGGUUAUUCUGGCUUCGUUGGCUACCAAUGACAAUUGGAAGCUCUGUGCUGAUGGAGUUCUGCUUAGCAAGCACAAAGUCACGGCUAAAAUCGCCUGGGGAGCAGAAUGCAAGCAGUAUGACACCAUGAUCACAGCAGAGACUGGCCUUCUUGGCCCAAGCCCCGCAGCUCGCCUCAGAGUGGCCUGGAAGGAACUGCCUUCUGCAAUUAAACGCUAUGCAAAGAAGUAUGAAACUUCAAAAGCACUGUCUUUAGAGGUGUAUGACUCCAUUCCUGCUAACAUGAUGCCUGGCUUGAUUAAAGAAAAGGAUGAAAACAGCAACAAUCAGCUCUCACUUACUGUGGUUGCAACAUCUGACAAGACCCUUGACUUCAUUUGGAAAACACCAACACGUACAGUCUAUAAGAUGGCUUUGCAUCUUCCCAUCCCUCUGCCACUGGAGGAAAUCAAAGGUCUCACCCCCUUCGAUGACGUUGCUGAUAAGGCCCACUACUUGCUUGCCAAGACUGCCGCAGCUGAAUGUAGCUUUGUCAAAGACACACUGACCACAUUCAACAACAAGAAAUACAAGAACCAAAUGCCACUGUCUUGCUACCAAAUUCUGGCGCAGGAUUGCACCGAUGAGCUGAAAUUCAUGGUUCUGCUGAAGAAGGAUCACAUUGAACAGAACCACAUCAAUGUGAAAAUUGCUGACAUUGAUAUUGACCUGUACCCCAAGAACACUGACGUGAUUGUGAAGGUCAAUGGAAUGGCAAUACCCAUCAACAACCUGCCAUACCAGCAUCCAACAGCUAAGAUCCAGAUCAGGCCAAAAGGUGAAGGCAUUUCUGUGUACGCUCCUAGCCAUGGUCUUCAUGAAGUCUACUUUGACAAGAACUCAUGGAUGGUUAAAGUUGUGGACUGGAUGAAGGGACAGACCUGUGGACUCUGUGGAAAGGCUGAUGGGGAAGUCAGACAGGAGUACCGCACACCCAGUGGACACGUGACCAAGAGCGCAGUCAGCUUUGCUCAUUCCUGGGUUCUGCCAGCAGAGACCUGCAGGGACACCAGUGAGUGCCGUAUGAAACUUGAAUCCGUGAAGCUGGAGAGGCAGGUUAACAUCCAUGGCCAGGAAUCCAAAUGCUUCUCUGUUGAGCCCGUGCUGCGCUGCCUGCCCGGCUGCUUCCCUGUGAAGACCACUACUGUCACUGUUGGCUUCCACUGCAUGCCUGCUGAUACUGCUCUCCCCGAGAGUCUGAGCAAUAUCCAUGACAGCAGCGUGGACCUGAGGGAAACAGCAGAAGCCCACCUAGCCUGCAGCUGCACAGCUCAGUGUGCUUAAGAACACUUUCUUCUGUCAGUCCCUCACAUUGUAUGUGUGUGUGCACAAAUCAAAUGUAACUUUAAAUAAACUGCAUCUCAAGCCAACUUUUCUGUUACUGAAUUAUCUAAAUUAUGGCCACAUCAUAGAACUACAGUGAUGCAUUUCUUAAAGGAAGAGUGUGCAACAUCAUGAUAAACAUUCCUCAAUCCAGGUACUGCAAAGUGGUGUGCUAAAAAUUCUGUGAGCCUACUUAUACACCGUUAAAUUCUGAUCAGUCAGUGUGAUAGCAGCUGUAACUGACUUGAUAUAAGUAGAACUAGUGCAGAUAUUGGUGAUGUUGAUGGUCAUAUCACAUUAUAAUAAUGUUGAGCUGUUGCUUGUGUGAACAACAGAAACUGUUGCCUUUUUAUUUUAAUGGAAC